CUUGGGGCCUCCCCCCCCCCCUGCCGGUCCCCGAAGCGGCGGCUGAUGACGGACACCGUAAAGCAGGAAAAAGUCGCCGCAGAGGACUUUUCGCGGCCAGAGCAUGGACCCGAACCUUGUCUCAGUACUGUCCCGCUCGCCUCAGUUCAGGAUCUGAGUCCUGGGUCCGAGGUCCGUGUCUCCCUGGACCACGUCAUCGAUGACGCGCUGGUGGUGUCUUUCCGGCUGGGGGAGAAGGUGUUCUCCGGGGUCCUGAUGGACGUUUCCAAAAGGUUUGGACCGUACGGUAUUCCCAUCACGGUGUUUCCCAGACGAGAUGAUCGGACCCGACCUCAGGUGUCUCUGCAGUCACAGCCGGUUAGCAGUGACGAUUCAUCCAGUAAACAGGAAGAGGUCAACCCCACUCCUCUUUCUCAUCCCUGGACCUCCAAACCACCACCGCUGUUUCAGGAGGGGGCACCAUACCCCCCUCCUUUGUUCAUCAGGGACACCUACAACCAGGCCUUACCUCAGCCGCCACCACGCAAGAUCAAACGGCCAAAAAGGCGCUAUCGCUGUGAGGAGCCAACCUCCAUCAUGAACGCCAUCAAGCUCCGGCCCCGCCAGGUGCUCUGUGACAAGUGUAAAGGUGUAGUGGUGUCAGGAGGGCACAGGGAGGCACGGCGGGGCCCAGUGGAUCUGAGGGGCGAGGAGGCAACUCGGCGGCGGAGACCGGCUGAGGGACCAAUCUCUUCUGAGGUCAAACGAUUGAGGAGCGACGACAAGGGUGGAAGAACUGCUGCCGAUAGACGGCCAUCAUCAGCGAUACGUGUAUCAUCAUCUUCAUCAUCUUCCUCCCGGCGUGUCCUGAGGGGCGUGGCUUCAUCUUCAUCCUCAUCCUCAUCCAGCCGCAUGCAUCUGAAGCUGAACUCUAAGAAGGUUCUGGCUCAAAGCUCUGCCAGCGAUCGCUCCAAAGCACGGCAGGUUCUCAAAAAGCUGGCAAGGACCUCGCAGCCGCCGCCACACUCUCGCCCCAAAGACCAGAACCAGGGUCAGACCCAAAACCAGGACCACACCAAGGCUGUGACCCGAGCUGCUGCCUUGCAGAACCACAACCAGAAGGUCCACUUCACCCGCCGCCUGCAGCACCUGAGUGGCGCUGGUAUCAGCCCGAUCUCACCCACACCGCUGCCGCCCAGAAUGCGCCUCAAACCCCAAAGGUAUCGUACUGAUGAUAGUCAGACGCCCUGCUCCUCCUCCUCCCCACCCAAACCAAGCACUCGCUCAUCACCUCCCAAACCAUGUCAAAGCCCUGCCCCUACACUGGAUCUCACCCUGCCCUCUCCCUCAGGCGUAGCUCUUCCCCCAACGUCCCCUUCCUCGUCUUCAGUUGGUUUUGCCAUGGAAAUGGAGUUUGCCCACCCCUCUGAGGAGGGGGGGGCGGAGCAGGGAGGGGGAGGAGGCAUGGAGCAAGUAGUGCAACAUCCUCCUCCCUCCUCCUCCUCCUCCUCCUCCUCAGAGUGCAGCUCCACAGAGACUUUUGAACUCCCCCUUCCUGGGGACCCGCCCUCCUCCUCUUUUGCUGCUUCUCCUCCCACCUCCUCCUCCUCCUUAGAACCUUGUUGCCCCCUCUCCUCCUCCCCAACUACCACCCUCAGAGCUGACAGUGAGGAGAUGCAGGCCGGUGGCGAGGAGGAUGGAGGUGAACUGAAGAGGCGUCAUAAGUCUUCCAUGUCGUCCUCCUCCUCCUCUUCAUCGUCGUCCUCCGUCUUCUCCAAGUCGGUGUCCAAGUGUUCGCUCCCCGACGGUCGGACCGUGUGCGUUGGCGACAUUGUCUGGGCCAAGAUCUAUGGCUUCCCCUGGUGGCCGGCACGUGUGCUUGGCAUCACGGUGUCUCGGCGUGGCGACACAGGGCUGGCGGUACGGCAGGAGGCGCGAGUCUCCUGGUUCGGCUCUCCGACCACCUCCUUUCUGCCACUUACCCAACUGUCGCCCUUUCUGGAAACCUUCCAGUCUCGCUUCGACAGGAAGAGGAAGGGGCCGUAUCGCCGUGCCAUCGCCGAGGCUGCUAGUGCUGCCAAACAACUGACACCGGAAGUCCGGGCGUUGCUUACACAAUUUGAGACAUAGCAUUUCCUACUGCUAACACAUCCUCACCCCUCCACCACUGCCCCACCCCUCCACACAGACUCUCUGGGAUGUAGAGGCGCUUGUCUCCCCGACCCCUGCCCCAGACUGAUAGCCGCCUGUCUCUCAGAGACUGAUGCAGGCAUACGGACGAUGUUUGUUUCCUUUUCUCUUCUUCCUGGUUGACAGGAGGAGGCGGAGCUUCUGGGUUACCUACCAGUGUUCAGGAGAGCAGGGGUGGGACUUAAGUGUUCUUCCCCUCUCCUCAGAGUGUCAGGUGUCCGUCAGCGGCAGCGUUUCCACUCGCCGUCACGCCAUCUUUGGUUUGUCAGAGGGGAGUCUUAGAAACUGGAAAAAAUAAGUUCAGCUGAAUGAUUGGCUGACAGACCAAGCUACAUCAUGAUUAUGUCGCUCAUUUGCAUCAAUAAUCAUAAAUCAACAAACAAUCAGUCAUGUAAAAACAAAACACUAAUUAAGAUCCAAAUGCUGGUAGUGCUAACAGUUGUACUGGAUACACACAGUUGAUUGAUCAAAAUGUCAGACACUUGUUUUUCUCAUUUCUGAUUCAGAGAUUGUUCUCAUAAAAAUUAUAAUGCUACGAUGUGAAAACCUCAACUGGUUCGGUCUGACAUUUUUGUCAUUCUGGUGGCGGGAUGUAAAACGCUGACAUGCCGACGUGUCACUUCCUGUUUGGGUUUCUCGAGUUCUGCUGAGGAGAUUCAGACUGAAAACUUUUAUUUUCUUUUUGAAGAAGCUUUGUCUCUGUUCUUUAAAAGUCCCAACAGACAAAAAGAUAAAACUGUGAAACUGUUGUUCAAACUGAGGCUGGAGGUCCCAGGUGAGGUCUAGAGGUGAGUUAGAUUGGUAGGACUGUUUUUUGUUUUGUCAGGUGAUCUGGCCCUUUAAACUGUUUGAUAGAAAUAUAUUAGGCAUACAACAGCUGUGAUAACACCUCUUCUCUGAGGUCCCAGUUUCCUCAUUUUCAUUGUUUAGAAAUAAUUCUGCUGCUGUCUCACUGUUAUUUUUAGACUUAAUUUGAAACUCUGAUGUUUUAUGGGGACGUUGUUGCUGACGUCUCACUCGUUCUGUGUUUGAGACCCGAACCUCAGUUUGCCAACAGACAGACGGACAGGUAGGCCGCACUGACUAGACAGGACAGCUGCUCUGCUCUCUCUGAUGAUGAAGGUGGAUUUUCCCUCUCUGCUGUUUGUAGUUUCAACUGUCACUCUUUUUACCGUCUGUUUGCAGAUCAGAGAUUCUGAACUAAAAGCUGUUUGGAAAAAAUAACGGAAACUCGGGCAAAAAAAAAAAAAAACGAAAGGAGAAUCCGCCUGAGAGUUGACAUGUGUACAUGUUUUUUUUUUCUGAUGUUUUAAAUCUAUUAAUAAACUGUCAAAACUU